UCGCCGAUGUGCUGGGAGCUUCGCCAUUAGCAAACUUGGUCUGAGAAAACCGAAAAACGAAUAACUUUUUGGCGCGUCGUUGUUGCUUUUCGUUCUGGGUCUUUCAGCUCUGCUUGUAUUAAGCUUCAUACUAGCGGCCGAAGCCUUGUUAGGCUCAGACUUGUCAGCGCAGUUUGAAUAGAUGGAUGAAUUGUUAAAGAACAAGAUUUUUGCAACGCAUGCUCUUGCUGGUGUGGGAUCAGUGACAUUAGGCACAGCUCUUACUUACCCUUUAGAUACUGUUAAAGUCAUUAUUCAGGUUGGUUCAGGUUCAAGUAAACAGUUGACAACGACUGAGGUGUUCAACAGAGUUCGGUCGUUUUCAGGAAAUUCAGGCUUGUACAGUGGUUUUUGGUGGUUGGCAGUGGGAAGAACUUUAGGUGUUGGAGCUCGCUUUGGAACCUAUGAAAUUUUGACGGCUUUUUAUAAAGAUGGUCGAGAAGAUAACCAUGUACAUGCCUCUGAGGCCCUCUUAGCAGGACUUAUUGCUGGUCUUGUAGAAUCACUAAUAACUUCUCCAUUCGAACUUAUUAAAGUUCGUGCCCAGAUCACUUCUGCUUCUCGCAUUCCAAAGUCGGCCUCGUUCACAGAGAAGGUAGCUGUUGCACCUUUGAUACAGAGAUUACUACAUGGAUAUAUGCCGGACCCAAAGGCAUUAAACUAUUCUGUCGGUCUUCUAUCCACCCUAACAACCAAACAUCCCAAUAUGAUGAGUGCCUUACAAGACUAUCCAUGGAUGAUGACUGGAUCUGGGAGGCCACCAUCAGUGUUCAAUGUUAGGAAACCAUCUCAAAUCAUCUCUUUGGAAGGAUGGGGCUCAUUAUGGAGAGGUCUACGGUCAGGAGUUGUUCGGGACUCAGUUUUCAGUGGCUUAUUCUUUGCUACUUGGCAAUCCCUGCACCGAGCAAUGCUUGACUGGAAGGCAGUGGGGAUGAAUCCAGAACCCAGGACGGAUGAUGAAAUUGGUCCACUGUCACCUUUCGCUGUUAGUGUUGCGGCUGGAGUUUCUGGUUCAGUUGCCGCAGCUGCUUCUCAUUGUUUCGACACUGCCAAGUGUCGAUCCCAAUGUGUUGUUUUGCCCAAGUUUCUCUCCAUGGAGAGGAAACUUCUGAAAUGGAGAACACCAGGGAAGAGGUUCAAGAGAGCUACAGGGAUCCACCCCGCCGACAGGAAUCUCCUCUUCCGGGGCAUUGGUUUGCGGAUGGCUCGCAGUGGGAUUGCAUCAUUCGUAAUGGUGGGAAGCUAUUUCCUAGCUGUGGAUCGUCUUGCUUGAAGAUAAAACUUCAUUGUUUCUUCAAUAGUCUCUGAUUCAGAGCAGGACUUGCUUAGUUGUAUAAGUUCACUUCUUUCUUCAACUCUAUAAAUCAAAACUGGACACAUCCGGAUAAAGCAAAUGGCAUUUGAUGAUAUAC